AUGGUCUGCCAGUGGCGCAUUGAGGCAAUCGAGGCGCAGCAGCGUGCCCUGCAAGAGCCAGAGGCUAGGGCGGCAGUGGAGGAAUCGCUGCUGCAGAUCUGUGAACUGGCCACCCUACACGAUGCGGCUCUGCAGGGUCUUGAAGAGCGCGCAGCCCACUAUGCUGUGACCAACUGGAGGAGCAACGGUCUUCCAAAGCGUGUCAUCUUUUCGGAGGACAAAAGCACCGCUUUGGAAAGGUAUCGAAAGCUGGCAGAGGAAGUCUUUGCCGAAGCCGCUGCAGAGAUGCGAGGCCUCACCGAGGCCUACAUCGGCACAUUUUGGUAUGAUUUUCUUGGCAGUUCCAGAGUCGCCAGAGCACCCAAAGCAGCCUGGGCGAAUCUCCCAAAUUCCUUGGCGCGGCGCCUGAAAUUUUGGAGCUGCGAACUGGAGGAGACUUGGAGUAAUUGGCAGGAUGCCACUUCGAGGAUGUACAGCGCAGGUCAUGAUGCGCUGGGUGCGUGGCGGGACAUCGCGGAAGUUUUAGAGUGUGCUUGCCAGCAUUUUGAACACUUGCAAGACGGAGGGCAGAAGGUUAUCGCAAAGCCAGAGCUUCAAGCAGCCCUCAUCAUCUUUGUCGCCCGCAGUUUGGAGGUGGAGUUGCUGAACUCUUUAGGACUCAGUGGCCUUCGGGAUGCCGAUGCUGACGAUGAUGGUGAGCCGCAGCUCAGCUUCUGUGUGGAAACGCGGCUGGAUAUGCUGACCUCGGUACUGGAAUUGCUGUGUCACCUCAAUGUCUUGGACCGGGUGGGCGAAGAGCUUUUACAUGCAGGUGGGUCUUUGCCUUCCAGCCAAGUUGCUGCAUGGUUGGCGGAGAAUGUGAGCCAGGUGAGCAGUGAUGUGAACGACCUUCACAGUUUGGCUUCUGGCGAGCUGAGCGCUCGUGUACUGCUGCCCUGGUUCAUUGAAUGCUUGUUGCAGGCAGUGGCAAGUGCUGCACGAAGGGAGGAAGCAAAAGAGUCGGAGGCUGUUGCCCUUCCCUUCGGUUCCUUCGGCCUUUGGAAAGCUGCACUGGACGGCCCAUCCAUGAGCACACUGUUGGCCGCUUGGAAGGGCUCUGAUCUGACAUUUAUUGGUUUGAUAAAGGCUAUAGCGGCUACAUCCCAAAUCUCCAAGCCUUUCACAAUAGGAUGA